AUGGCGCGGUUUCACUUCCCUGCGGCGGGUGGGGAGGGUGAGGUGAGCGCCGGGGUGGCGGGCAGGCACCCGGCCGAGCUCAGGGUGCUGGGUGCCACCAGCCCCACCGCCAUGGCCUGGGCUGAGGAAGGCGCCGGGCAGCUCGCAGCCAUCCUGGAGUCAGGAAGCAGCGAGGAGGAGGAGGAGGAAGAAGAGGAAGAGGAUGACGAAGAGGCACUUAUGGUGCAGCGCUGUGUGCCCCUGGGCCAGGAGGUGGGUGAAGCGGAGGAGCAGCUGGCCGAGCUCGAGCAAGCGUCGCAGGCGCUGCUGGCUGAGCUCUCAGCGCUGGAGAUGGAGUUUGAGAUCGAGAGGACGUGCCGGCAGCAAGCCGAAGCCUAUGCAGCCCAGGUGAAGCAGGAGAACAAGCAACUGAAGCGGCUCAGCCUCGCCCCGAUGGCCCCCCCAGCCCUGCCCGAGGAGCAGCCCCCCGAGGAGGACCCCGACCCUGCCCAGCGCUACGGGCAGCAGCUCAAGGACCUGCAGGAGAAGAUCUCCUGGCUGCUGGCGCAGCGGAAGGACCUCACCAUCCAGGUCCAGGAGCUGCAGAGGCAGAACCAGGACCUCCAGGACCAGCUGGAGAAGGCGCAGGGAGAGCGGCAGCGCCUGCGGGCAGCCCUGGGCACCAGCCAGCGGACGCUGAAGUCCUUCAAGCAAGUGUCCCAGAUCAUCACCCAGGAUUACUGCGAGGCGAUGGAGCAGCUGGAGCUGGAGCAGGACCUGCGCCUGCACGCCGAAGCCUUCGCCCACGAGGUGUGGCCGAGCCCCGUCACCCUGCCUAUGCUGGUGCAAAAGAAGGAGGCGAACAGGCAGAGCACGAUCCUGCUGCAGAGCGGGGGGCCCAGCGCCCAGCUGCUGGCGGCCCUGCAGGAGGUGGGACGCCUGACCCGGGCGCUGGAGGAGGCCAAGCAGGAGCAGCAGCAGCGGGUGAAGGAGCUGGAGGAGCAACUGGGGAGGCGGCCGGCGCCGGAGGAGCUGGAUCUGGCCCGAGCCGCUCUGGCUGCAGCGGAGGAUGAGAAUCUGGAGCUGAGGAAGCGGCUGCAGGAGGCUGAGGGGCGGCUGGCGGGGCUGGAGGAGGAAGUGGGGUCACUGCAGGAGAAGCUGGCCCAGGACCCACCGCCGCAGAGCCAGACUCCCGACCCAGCUGUGCCCACGCCACCGCCGCCACCACCGCCGCUGCCACCACCCGCACCCACUGUCCCCGUGGACCCGCUCUCGGCGAUCAGGCAGAGGAAGGGGAUGGCAAACCCGCAGCGCAGCAAGCCGGAAGGUGACGAUGCUAAAGCUCGAGCCGUGCAGGAGAUGAUGGAGCGGAUAAAGAACGGAGUGGUCCUGAGGCCCGUGAAGGAGCAGGUGCCCCGGGGCCAGGGUCUGGCGGUGGUGGCCAGCAAGCGGAGGGGCACGGUGCUGGAGCUGCAGGGCAUCCUGGGUGCCAUGAGGAGGGCGAGCAGGAGGCGCAGCGGGCGGCAAAGCAGCCUGAAGGCCAGGGACAGGCAGCUGGAGUCCAUCCUGCAGCGGCGGCGGCAGGCGGUGGAUGCCUCCCUGCCCGCGCUGCCCACCCCGCCGCCUGCCCCCGGCCCCCCGCCGCAGGACCACGAGGAUGCCGGGGCUGUGGGGAGGCCGGAUCCUGGUACGGAGUCGGGCUUGGUGGGGAGGUGA